AUGACUGUUGCACCACAUUCUAACUCCCCUCUAGAGAACCCCUUACGCCGUGAAGGCAACCUUGAUGGCCACCCAAUCAAGAUGUUGCCAUAUACAUUUAUCCGAGCUGCAGCUGUUGGGCCAAUGAGGGUGCAAGUGUUUAAUGUACCUACCCGAGAUCAGAUCAUGCUCAUGUGGGAGCAUGUAAAUCUCCCGAAAGUGAUCGGCGAGAGUCCCGCCCCUUUGGAAGGAGAAUACUGUAGACAGGGUUUGGCCCUUCAAGAUGUGAACUGUGAAGACUGGAUGAUGACUUUGCAUCAGCGAGGCAAGUACAACAGCACGUACGCGUCUCACCUAAACGCCUGUCGGAGAAAACUCAAUGCCAGAUAUACCAUUUGCCAAGGGCCACGAAGCCUUGGGGAAUCAGGCCACUGCGGCAGGCUGCAGGAUCAAAUAGCGGGCCCUCCUCCAGCUCGCCGCUCGGGUGAUGUCGGCCCAGCGUACUCGUCUUAUUUCCCACGGCCUUGCGAGUCGCUCGGCCGAGACGGCGAGGCCAGCGAGUUCGACGAGGCGGGAAGCGAAAGAUCUAGACAAGGCUGGGCCUUGCUGGGAGUUUGUACCGCCAAGCCCCGAAACUCUCUGAACCCAAAGGCUUCUGGCAGGGUCGAAGCUGCCACGGCUUACGCACGUUGGAGGUGGAUGCAUAGUCAAGAUGUUUUCCGGGAUGCUAGUGGAUCUUGGGGCCUCUCGGCGGCGCCGGGCUUGAGGGCCGGGAGGAGCCGGCUCGAUCCAGCGGAGUCUGGCACGGAGGAGAUUGAGCACCGGGCAAAGACUAAAGUCUGGAGUUUUGCAAAGGGAGUUGAGAGCCCGGUCUCAGGCUUGGAAACAUUGGACCGGCCCGGGUUGAGGUCUCACCCCGCUUUCUGUUUUCCUCUCCUGCUCCUGGAUUUUGAGUCGAGAGUCUUGGUCCCGCUAAGGAUACUUCCCACGAGCUUCCACCGCCGUAGGGACCCGGCAUGCGCGAGGUUGAUCCCGCCAGGUAGUGCGGGCUUGCGACUGUUCAACGUUGAUUUGCUGGGUUUUGCGAGGAGACUGAUUCAUUCUCUUCGGACGUGGAUUUGUCAAAUCAGAUCAUCUUGCAAGCAGCAAGGCGAGGAGUUCGAGUUCAAAUUCCGGUUAGCUGGCACGAUAUUACAAUGCGGGUCCCCCAUUGUAAGGACUAAGCGCCGCGGCAUUGCUUUUCUCGAGCCUCAGCCGUCGGCCGCACUCGCAGCGGAACCGGGAAAAGGUGGGCACAAACCUUCAAAGUCACGCCAUGCAGCAGGGCUGGCGCCAUUAAUGUCUCAGGGACAACGGACAAUAGGGCGGGUAUCAUCUCGGCAAGAUGAGGACGAAGGAACUUUCCACAACGCCGCGAUGUGA